UCAAACAAAUAUGGCGCCAAACACCUCAAACAUCCCUACCGGAGUUCUGCACGAACACGACGACGAGGUAUCAGCCAACUUUAUCCCUCCGGAAGUGGUAAAACCCAGCGAGAGGAAGCUGAUUCUGGUCUGGAGGAAUAUCAUUCUCUUCGCCUAUCUCCAUGCAGUGGCCGUUUAUGGUCUCUACCUUAUGUUUACAUCUGCCAAACUCGUAACGUCCAUUUAUGGUAUCAUUUUAUAUCAACUGGGUGGAUUGGGAGUUACAGCAGGAGCGCACAGACUUUGGGCACAUCGUUCGUACAAAGCCAAAUGGCCUUUGAAAGUUUUGCUGACAGCAUUCAACACAUUAGCGUUUGAGAACUCUGUGAUAGAAUGGGCUCGCGACCACCGCGUCCACCACAAGUUCAGCGAAACGGACGCCGAUCCUCACAACGCCAAGCGCGGUUUCUUCUUCUCGCACGUCGGCUGGCUGCUCUGCCGCAAGCAUCCUGAGGUAAAGAGCAAAGGCAAGGGCAUCGAUAUGUCUGACCUCGAAGAGGACCCCAUCCUCAAGUUCCAGGACAAGCACUACAUGAUCCUGAUGCCACUAGUGGCGUUCGUGAUUCCCACUUUGGCGCCCAUGUACUUCUGGAACGAGACUUUCGUCAAUUCCUUGUGCAUCAACAUUUUCAGAUACGUGUUGACGCUCAACGCCACUUGGCUGGUUAACUCGGCUGCACAUCUUUACGGCCACAAACCUUACGACAGGUAUAUCAACCCUGCCGAGAACCUAUCAGUUUCCAUCCUGGCUCUCGGCGAGGGAUGGCACAACUAUCACCACACCUUCCCUUGGGACUACAAAACUUCAGAACUUGGAAAAUACAGCGUCAACUUUUCCGCUGCUUUCAUUGACUUCUUUGCCAAGAUUGGCUGGGCAUACGACCUCAAAACCGUCUCUGAAGAGAUGAUCAAGAAGAGGGUGCUCAGGACGGGAGAUGGCUCACACGAGAUUUGGGGCUGGGGGGACAAAGACCAGCUGAAGGAGGACUACGACGAUGUCGUUAUCACGCAUAAAAAGAAUUGAAUAGAGUUGAGUGGGUGUAGGUCAAUCGGGAACAAGUUUUCCUAGACAUUUCAAAAAAACACGCUUCAAAGUGUUUUCAAUUGAAAUUAUUAUCUAUUCGGGUAAACACAAGUAAGGUAUGAUGCGAAUUUUAUUUUCCAAAAUGCCCUAAUUUACCAAAGAUGUUACGAUUGCAGUUCCAGUUGACCUACUAGUAAGUUAUUCUAGUAGCCGAGAAAAUUCUCGGAUAACCCCUGUAUAUAUGUGUAAAGUUUAGUUAUACUCAAGAGACUGAUAUCUAUGAAUUGACUCUUCUACUUUCCCUUCUUGAGUUUGCGUUGUAUAUGUUCAUCAAGUCUUGGGUUUCAAAAAGUACCAAAUUAUAUCUGUUGAAUUCUGUUCAAGUGAUAAUGAAAUAAAAUGUUCCUUGAGUUUCAAUAUACAGGGUGUGUUGUAGGACACGUGAUAUUUCUUGAUUAGAUGUGUUGUCUGCAAAAUUUCUGUGUACAUAACUGUACUGGGUCCUAGGAAUGUGUAUUUCUAAUAAAAGUGAUAUUUAGUUUGUAACUAAAUUUAGUUAUAGUUUUAGUAUUACUUUUGUAUAACAAUGAUUUGAGUUAUUUAUUGUUUUAGUAGACGGUGGUUAAAUUUAUUGCAACUAGCUUGUGCAUAACUUAUGUCAAAAUAUAUUAAUUUA